UCAAAUAGAAACCUUUCUGAGAUUCCAUUGAGACGAGAUUUGAGGAGUUCUGAGGCAAAUUUCUUUGCAGGCGGAUUUUUUGUUAGAUAUUAUUAUUGUAUCUUACGGACUACUGAAGGCAGUUUAAGGUUACAAGAGAAAAUAACAAUGACGUAUGUGCUUCUGUAAGCUUUUAUAAACCAGUAGCAUUCGCACGGCAAGAGGGGCCAAGGGAAAAGGGCAAAAAACGAAAGAUCGACGGUAUAUGACAGAAACGGUGACUCGACUUUCGCUCAAAGCCAAGUUGAUGUUGCCUACGGGGACUUGACAAAGAACGGUCAGUUGAUUGCAUUUAUUGGCUAUGGAAAGUCGAAGGGAGUUUUUUUUUUUUUUUUUUUUUUUUAGCAACGAUAUAUUUGUAUAACCUAUUCUAUCCUAAUUUAGGGAGAGGGGAGCCCAAGGAGAUUAUGAAAGGGGCUAAUGGGUAUACAGACCCAACUAGAUCAAAGAAGUACUAUAACACAACCCUUAGAUUUUUUUCGCUACCCUCGCCAACAGCCCAAGGAGGAACUUAAGUCCCUCCCUCGUGGACACUGAGCCAAAUGGCCCAAUGGUUAAGUAGAAGGGAGUUACUCUCUGUUUAUUUGGAACUUGGAAAUUUGAGGCUCUCAAUUGGCUCAAAGAGUUGCGUAGUUUUUGUGGAAAUUGGGUGUAAGAACAGAGAGAGAGAGAGAGAGAGAUGGGGAGUAAUCGUACUAUAGUUCUGUAUCCAUCUCCAGGCAUGGGUCACCUGGUUUCCAUGGUGGAGCUGGGUAAGUUCACUCUCAACCACCACCCUGGAUUGGCUAUUACUGUUCUCGUAGUGAACCCGCCAUACAACACUGCAGCCUCCACUGCUGCUUACAUGAAUCGCAUUUAUGCCACCACCCCUUCCAUCUCUUUCCACCACCUGCCCUCUCCGCCUCUUGACCCUGACUCUUACCCCUCCAUAGAAGCUCUCCACUUCGAGCUCCUUCGACUCAGCAACCCUCAUGUUCGCCAAGCUCUGCACUCCAUCUCCUUGACAGCUGGAAUUUCUGCAUUUAUCAUCGACUUCUUUUGCACUUGUGCCCUCUCUGUUGCUACCAACCUUGGAAUCCCGACUUAUUACUUCUUCACUUCUGGCGCUAAUGGUCUCGCUCUCUUCCUUUACUUACCCACGCUCCACCAAUCAACAAACAAAAGCUAUAAAGACCUGGACGAACUUCUACAUCUUCCUGAUUUACUUCCAAUACCACCACGAGACAUGCCAGUUCCUUUGCUGGAAAGAACGUCUCCUGAGUAUGCAUUUUUCUUAGAUGUUGCGACGCAAUUGGCAAAAUCGUCCGGGAUCCUAGUCAACACGUUCGAAUCGCUCGAACCUAGCAUCUUGAAAUCAAUCGCUGAUGGAAAGUAUGUUCCGGAUGGCCCCACUCCGCCUGUUUUCAGCUUAGGACCUCUGAUUGCAUCAGACAACGGGAAAGGUGGAGGUGCAGCAGGUGGAACGGGAGGAGGUGUGCAUGAAUGUUUGAAAUGGCUGGAUAUGCAACCAAGUGGAAGCGUUGUAUUCUUGUGCUUUGGGAGCGUGGGUCAAUUUCCAGCUGAGCAACUGAAAGAGAUAGCCAUCGGGUUGGAGAGGAGCGAGCAAAAGUUCCUGUGGGUGGUGCGCAGUCCGCCUUCUGAGGACAAAACCAACCGCUUUCAAACUCCACCCGCCCCAGAUCUGGAUUUGUUGCUGCCCCACGGGUUUUUGGACCGGACAAAGGGUAGGGGUUUCGUGGCGAGUUCUUGGGCACCGCAGGUGGAUGUGUUGAAUCAUGGGUCGGUGGGUGGGUUUGUGACCCACUGCGGGUGGAACUCAGUGUUGGAAGCAGUCUGUGCGGGUGUGCCUAUGGUGGGGUGGCCACUUUAUGCUGAGCAGAAGCUGAAUAGGCUGUUCUUAGUUGAGGAGAUGAAGUUGGCCUUACCAAUGGAUGAAAGUACGGAAGGUGGGUUCGUGAAAGCGGCUGAAAUAGAGAAGCGAGUUAGGGGGUUGAUGGAUUCGGAGGAAGGAAAGGUGAUCAGGGAAAGAGCCCAGGCAAAGAAGGAGGAAGCAAAGCAAGCAGUGGCUGAUGGGGGCUCAUCCACUGUGGCAUUGGCCAAAUUGGUAGGAUCCUGGAGGAAGCUGGAGUAAGCUGGGAAUUAGCCGCAUUUUCUUGCACCAGUCUCACUGCAAUAAUAAACUAAUGAACCCUAUGGAUGGAUAGAUUUUGUGCGUUUAAUUUGUUACUGGAAGGAUUUAUUGUUAUUUAAAUGUCAACAAAUAUAUUAUGAGUAUAACAUAUGAUAGUAUAUGCUAUUGUUCAGUCUAUGAGGGGAGUUGACAGAGAGUUUUUAAUCCGAAAUAGUAGAAUCUGAGUUUAAGGUUU